AUGUUGUCGGCAUCUCUCCUUUCAAUUGCGGCUCUAACCGUCCCUAGUGUUCUGGCAGCUUCGCUCCGUGACCAACUUCCAGGAGUACCAGCAGGAUGGUCCGUCUCGGGUACACCUGAUGCCUCCCAGUCAAUCACUUUGAAGCUUGCAGUCAAGCAACAGAACAUCGACCAGCUCGAGGGCCUCUUGAGAUCAGUUUCCGACCCAUCAAGCUCAAAUUACGGCAAAUACUACACCGCUGAUCAGGUCAACGCUCUGUUUGGACCAUCGACCGGCUCUGUUGAUGCCGUGACUUCGUGGGCCCAGUCAUCAGGACUGGAGAACAGUCUUGACCGUGGUCUGCAUGUCGCCAUCAAGACGACCAUCGGCGAAGCCAACAAGGUUUUUGGAGCAAAUUUCACAACUUUCAAGGACGAUUCCACUGGCGUUGAGAAGUUGAGAACGCUCUCGUACUCAGUUCCCGACGAGAUCUCCAACCACAUCGACUUUGUCUCGCCCACCACCUUCUUUGGGCGUACCAACGCGCAGAAGUCGGAGCCACAAUCGGACCUGGCAAAGCGUGUGACCACCUGUAUCUCACACUCGGCUCGCGGUACUGCCUACCUGGGUCCUGAUUGUUGGAAACAGGUUCUUAACAUCACCUAUGUUCCAGACGCAUCCAGUGGCAGUCGUAUUGGCUUUGGCAGUUUCUUGAACGAAUCGGCCAUCGAAGCCGACCUCUUCCUUUAUGAACAGAAGUACAACAUCCCCAAACAGUCGUUCAACGUCACUCUGAUCAACGGCGGUGUCAAUCACCAAGAGCCUGAGUACACAACCAUCGGCGAGGCCAACCUCGAUGCCCAAAACAUCUUCGGUCUGGCUCACCCACUGCCCGUUACUGAAUUUAUCACUGGAGGGUCUCCUCCUUUCAUCCCCAACUUGGAUGAACCUACUGAGGCAGACAACUCGAACGAGCCUUACUUGGACUACUACGCAUACCUCCUUUCACAGCCCAACGAAGCUCUGCCCCAAGUCAUCUCGAACUCGUAUGGAGAUGAUGAGCAGACUGUGCCCAUCGACUAUGCCACUUAUGUCUGCAACCAGAUCGGUAUGAUGGGUCUUCGCGGCAUCACGAUCCUUGAGUCCUCGGGCGACACCGGAGUUGGCGCUCCUUGCCAAAGCAACGACGGCAAGAAGACACCUCAGUUUACCCCUGCCUUUCCUGGUACCUGCCCGUACGUCACCGCAGUUGGCGGUACUCAAGGUAUAGAUCCCGAAAUCGCGUGGGAUGGUUCGACGGGUGGAUUUAGCAAUUACUUCCCACGUGCGUGGUACCAGGAAGCUGCCAUCGAGACUUACCUGGGCUCCUAUAUCAGCAAAUCCGUCCAGGAGUACUACACGCCCUUCACUAACUUCAGCGGACGUGGGUUCCCGGAUGUCUCAGCUCAUAGCAGUAACCCAUACUGGCCUGUUUUCGCUAAUGGCGUUCUUGCUCUCUAUUCUGGAACCUCUGCCGCGGCUCCUGCUUGGGCCGCCAUGAUCGGUAUGCUUAAUGAUGCUCGUCUCAAGGCCGGUCAGCCUGCCCUUGGUUUCGUCAAUCCUCUCUUCUAUUCCCUGAAGUCUGGCUUCUUGGACGUGACUCAGGGCGCUUCCACCGGCUGCAAUGGUGUCAAUGGUCAAACCGGAGCUAAAAUCCCUGGUGCCUCCAUUAUUCCCUGGGCUACCUGGAACGCAACAGUCGGUUGGGAUAGCGUUACAGGCUUAGGUUUGCCUAAUUUC